AUAAACCAUCUCAGCUGUAUGGCUUAGUGGAAGAUGAGAUAUAUGAGGUUCUGCAGACAACAAAGUAGGCCUGCUGGGAUAUGCAUUCCUGCUUUGACAUCUCAGUCUUCCUACCUAUUUGACAUGACCAUCUUGACAUAUCUAGAUGUCUUGAGGUGUCAAUUAAAAGGAAAACGAUAGGUAGUGGUUGAAGCAGGAUACACUAUAAAGUUGCCAACAAAUAAGCAGUUUUUCUAAGAUUGUUCUAGCUAUUCAAUUCACUAGUUUUUUUUCCUUUUUAAAUAGCAGUUAAUAAAGAGAAGUCCUUGACUGAUUGUGUUGCAAUCAGCUAUUUUAACAGCACACAGUUUCACAACAAAGUUUCGUUUAGACAUAAAAGAGGAAGCAAGUUCAGCAUGCUGCUGUUCAGUCAGUUAUAAAACCCCCUCAUCUCCUAAGGGACUUUCUUUCUAUACUUCUGUGCUCUAGAAGAGUAGAAAUAAAACACAUGUCAUCUUAGAAGUGUAUUUAAAAAGGAAAUAAAAACAGAGUGUUGCAUUUUGGGGUAGGACAGACUCACAGGAAGCUUUAAACUGGUUAGUAGACAACAAAUUUCCUGUACCUGGUCUGCUGCUGUAUCUUUGGAGGAUGCUGUCGGAAGGUUACCUUUACAGAAUUGCCUACCCUUGUGAAGACCUGAACCGUGAGCUCUACAGCAAGAGUUCGGCUGAGGAAGUGGUGUAUGAAAUGAGGUCCAUUAAUUAUUCUUCCAAGGAUGAAGCACAAGGAAAAAGCCUCCUUCAGAGAUGCAGAUAUGCUGGCAAGUGCAUUUCCUCUGUCUGCUCUAGAGGUAGCAAGCAUAGCAGGAGACAGAAGAAUAAUCCACAACCUACACAGCACCCCGCAACCAUGGAGCAGCCAUCUCCAUCUAUGCAUGUCUGUGAGGGGCUGACAAAAAAAGACACCUACCUGGUUCCACCUUCCUGCAAAAGCAUUUGUAAGAACUACAACGAUUUGCAUAUAGCUGGGGACUACGUGGUACCGAUUAGCUCAGUGACGACAGAUUUUACCUGCGACAGUGGCAUCGGCCCCUUCUUGGAGUCCUCAGAGAUUCCUCCCCCCAUGGAGUCCAUGAGGCCCCCCCCCACCAGUGACACCAUUCGCAAGCCAGCCCAAGGCUCUUCCUCAUGCUGGCGGCUGGCAAGCUUAGUGCCCCACCAGCAGCCCCUCUCUGACUCAGCCCUGAACAACUACCUUGAACAGAAGCUGGUGGAACUCUAUAAGCAGUACAUCAUGGAUAGCACAGCAAACAGGGCAUCCCCCACUCACAUCCUCGCCUCUGAACUUAUCAUGACUAAUGUAGAUCAAAUCAGCACGCAAAUAUCACGGGAGAGGAAUAUGGAGACCAACAAGGCCAAGGACAUUGUCAUUAGCCGCUUCUUACAAAUAGCCAGUGGAAAAAUAUCCUCAGAAAUUAGCACACCUAGUCUGCAUAUUUCCCAGUAAUAGCCACACUAAUGCAUAGUAUUUGCAUGUCUGCCGUUAGAAAGCUUUUAUGUUCUGCAAGGUCAAUUUAUAGUUUUUUAAGACAUUUUUCUGCUUCUUAAAAAUGCAUUUACUAUCUACCAUUUAAAUUAAACCUUUCAGUAUGUAUUAAAUAAGUGAAAAUAUCUGUACUCUGCAGCACCUAUUGUGGAGUAGGUGAUUUAUUGGGUUGGGCUU